UAUGUAAGCAUUUUAAUUUAGUCAGACAUGGAGACUUUAUGUAAAGAAGUGGACGAGAAGUUUCGUGUCAAUUUGGAAAAUGAGGAGAUAAAAGACAUUAAAAAGGCUGUUGAUAUAAUGGUCAGACGAUUUGUUGAAGCUCUGCAUGAUAUCAAUACAGAGAUAAAGAUCGAUCGUCCGGAGUUUUGUGGUAGCAUGGCUGAAGAUACUAGAAUAUGGGAACAAGAAUCGGGGACGGAUAAAUGUGACCUCGAGUUUGAUUACUUAAUAGUCAUUAAGUCAUGGCCCGGAUGUGGCAAUUUUGAAUUCUUUCCAAGUUACAAAGAAGGCAAAAUGAAGAUAAGGUACAAAGUAACUGAUGAACAGUCAGUAACAGAUGUAUACCGUUACGUAAGCACAGCAAUGAAGAUAUCGUUUAUGAAUACAGUACUAAAAGGCACUAGAGCAAAGUGUGAAAGAAAUUUAUGUACUCGGCAGUUAAGCAAUAUUCCAAAGAUGGCUGAUCACGGCUGUCAGUACUGCACAGUUUAUAGGAAUACUGGUAAUUUAAGGAUUACUAAGGUGCCAAUGCCAUAUGGAAAUUUCAUGCAGGAAUCGUUCCUUUCUUUCGUGUGGUCAAGUAUCAAAAGAUCAGUAUAUAAACCAUUUAGACCAUUCAUAUUUCCAGAGAGAUCUCCCGAUCAUAAAGCUGAAAAUGAAUUACAAAUUAAAGUUGACUUUAAUCCUGUUAUUGAAGUGAAUAAUAAAAUGAUAGCACUGAAGAACGACGGAACGACAAUGCCACUUCAAGAAAGCGACAUAUAUUUUCUUUUCCCCUAUUUACCACGUUUAAAUAAUAUAUAUUGGAGAAUCUCAACGUGUCACUCAGAACUAAAACAUCUACAAGAAACCUCAAAGGAACACAAACUUGCAUUUUGUGUUUUGAAAUUAAUUGGGAAAGCCUUCCAAUAUCAUGGCAAAAUAGAGUAUGUUAAAUCAUAUGAGGCAAAGUGUGUAGUUCUAAAUCAUAUAAAGAAAUGCCAAACACCAAACAGAGGAGCGCAUAUAUGCCUUUUAGAUAUGAUCAAGGAUAUAUAUGAAUGUGCACGAAACAGAGAUUUACCCCACCCGGUCUUGCCAUCGUGCAAUGUCUACCGUAUGCAGGAUAUUCUAAGCUAUUCAGACAUUUGGGAACCACAACUAAAGGAGAAAAUUUGUAAAUAUAUUUUUUCAUUGUUUGACCUACAGGAUUAUGUUUCAUUAGAUGAUUUAUACAGUGAUAUAUCGAGUUUUGGCAAACUGUAUGAAAAGUUCAGGAGAACUAAAGACGAUAAUUUGUUUGUUGACUUUUUGCGGAAGAAAAGGGAGGCCAGUGCCAACGAGGUGGAAAAUGAUAUGCGUAUGAUAUAAACACCAGAACUAAUCAUAAAUAGAUGAUUCCAUAAGAGCUUCUUUUUAAAUUUCAUUACAAAUAUAUGUCAUGACCAAAAGAAAUUAAAAAGGACACGCAUCCAGGUGGAUGCCAAAUUUUCAAAAUACUCAAACCAUGUAGCAUCCUGUAUUAACCGUUACCCUGCUAAAUUUCUAUAAUGAACUGGUCCAUCAUUCUAUUUAAGCAGUACCAUUUAUUAUUCGAAGGUUGUUCACUUGAACUUUUACUGACUGAACAGCGACCAGUGCAGGCCAUAUGUGCAGGCUGAUCUUGGUCUGAACUGGUCGCAAAAGGCAGAAUCACUUGCCGCCAGCAGGCUAAAGGUUAAUAUCCAUGUUGGCUUAUGUCUUGUAUGAUCUAAAAGUAAUCUCUCUUGCAUAAUAUUUUAUUUAGCUACUAAUACUAAGAUUACUUUUAGUAUUCUGUAGAUUUUUAUAUAGAUUUUGCUUAUUAUGAUAGCGUUUUCAUAUUAAAUGACCGCCAAUUUAAAUUUGCCACGGACAAUAUUUGGCAAAAACAUUAAGUUCUUCUACAAAGUAUUUGAACUUAGAAAUGGUACUGAAUGAUAGCCCAUACAUACCAUAUACCAAUCAACAACUUUCACUAUUCUAGUCUUAUUACAUUAGUAGAUAUUUGCUAUUCUAAUAUUAUGUUUCCCAUGGGAAAUUGUCGAUUUCCUAUGGGAAACGGUCAUUUUUCAUGGAAAAUUGACUUUCAUAGGGGAACGGUGUUUUUCGUGGGAAAUUGGCUUUUAUAUGGGAACGGUGUUUUCCCAUGGGAAACAUUUGGGAAAAUUCUAACAUGGGAAUUCCCCAUAAUACUCUUUUUUUCAUUUAAACUAUCAGAAAAAACAUCAUAGCUGUUUUAUAAAAAAUACUAUUAUGGCACAUGCUAGUUUAUUCUUCAAAAAGUAAUUUAAAAGUCUUUAUUUGCAAAACAAGUACUUGAAUAUGAAAUCACACAAAUUUUGAAAAUGGUAAACAAUUUUACAUAAAUUUGGGAGCAUAUCUACUUGAAACAUAAUUUAAAAGUUAUUUUAUUUUACAUUUCAACAAGCUUUAAAUGUUUAUAUUUAAAACAUGAUAGAGAA